CUUAUCCCCCACUUCUCCAACUCUUUCCUACAGCAAAUGCCCUCGCCUCCACCAAAGAAAGCAAACCCUAGCAGCCUCCACCAAUCGUCGUCGCCGUCUGUCGGAGUGGGAGAUUGCUGCCGCGGUCCGUCGCACUCAAGAACUACCGUCUUCGUGCUCUCGGGCCUCUCGCCGGAUCCUCCGCGUCGUGUGCUCGCAUCUCACCUCUCUCCUCUAUGCUCGGCUGCUCCCGUCUCCCUCCGCCAGUGAGUGCUCGAGCUGUGCGCGUUGGUUGCUGCUCGUCGUCCGUGGUUGUCUCUGCUCGAUUCUGCCUCCUAGUGUUACUCGAGUCUCGUCUCAGUCACUGGCAUCUCGUGGUUCGCCUGUCUCGUCGCCGGCGGCCGAAGCAACUCGUGGGGUUGUCUCUUGCUUCGUCGCCUUCCGUGGGGUGGUCGCUGACUCGCCGUCGACCGUUGGUUCGGUGUUGGCUUCAACUUUCAAAUGGGAAUUAGGAGCUGGUGACGAUAACAACAUCUUCUGGAACUGAGUCUGUUGUUUCACUGCCUGAUGCGAAAAACUUGACCGCAACAUCAUCCUCACUUGGGCUGAAACUACAACCAUAUUCAUAGGCUCAUAGAAUCGGGAGUAGUAACAGAAACACAGACGCAGUUGAUUCUGAAUGAAGACAGCAGGGAGCAUAUUCCUAAGGACUCACUUCCCCCCUCCAACUAAGCUCCUUUUCCUUCCUCUUACAAAUCCCAAACACUCCCUCUCCCUAAUUCCCAUUUCCAUAUCCUUCACCCGCUUCUCAUCCACCAAUCCCAAUCCAAUCUUAUACGGACCUUCCCUCCACAAAGGAACCGUUCCAACGCUUCAAUGCCCCCAAAACGAUGCCCUUCUCACCCUCCGUGAAGAUGCCUUCACUCGCGUCUUCCACCUCUCCGCCCUCCGCGUCCCCUCCGCCCACUGCUCCGCCUUAGAGACUCGCCUCCGCGGCCACCUCCUCAACUGGCCUCGUGUUCGCAACAUCGCUCGCGUCCCCGGUGAUGACCUCGAUCCCGACCUUGCUUCGCUAGUUACCUCCGGAGAAUCAGGAGGAGGAGAAGAAGGACACGUGUCGUUGCAGCGACGGAUUUACGGCCAAGCCGAGGGAGACGGCGACGUUUUGAGCCCCGUUCUGUACAGAGAGAAGCUCGCAAGGACGUUCAAUACGCGCGGCUUCGUGAAGUUCAGGAACCUGGCGAAGAUAUCGAGGCCGCCGAAGAGGAAGAAGAAGAAGAAGGAGGAGGAGGAGGAGGAGGAGGUGAAAGUCGAGAGGCGCACGGGGAAGAACGGUUUUGCUACGGUGGAGGUUGUUGAAGAGGACGAUAAUGGAGGGGGUAUUUUGGGGAAUUUGGUUGAGGAGGAGUUUGGGAGGGAGAAGUGGAGGGGCUCCACGAGGUUGCUGUUGCUGGAUGAACGGUACGCCGGUCGCGGCGUCCAAGACUUGCCUGAGGCUAUCAAGGUGGCCGUAUUAAAGGAGUAUGCCGAAAAGAGUGCAAAUUUGACUUUUGAGCUAGUUAGGUGCAAGUUGACUCUGUUUUAUGAUUAUUGGCAGAUGAAUGAGAUCCUGGAGGUCUUGCUACCUGAUGGUGUGGUUGUUCCUUCAGCUUUUGAGACCGUUGGUCACAUUGCACACCUGAAUUUGAGAGAGGAACAUUUACCAUACAAAACACUCAUAGCAAAGGUUGUGCUGGAUAAAAAUAAGCCAAAGAUACAAACAGUUGUGAACAAGAUUGAUUCCAUUCAUAAUGAAUACAGGACCAUGCAGCUUGAGGUUCUAGCAGGAAACCACUCUCUAGUUACCACAGUUGUUGAGAACGGAAUACGCUUUCAGGUUGACUUAGCAACAGUAUACUGGAGUUCUAGGCUUGCAACUGAAAGACAAAGGCUUCUGAGUGGUUUUACACGGAAAGAUGUUGUCUGUGAUGUUUUUUCUGGAGUUGGUCCCUUGGCCAUAUCUGCAGCAAAGAUAGUUAAGCAUGUUUUCGCUAAUGAUCUAAACCCAUUUGCAGUGGAGUAUCUGGAAAGAAAUAGUGUUCUAAACAAACUUGAAAGGAAGAUUGAGGUCUUUAACAUGGAUGGGAGAAGGUUCAUUAGGGCUAUGUAUGCCAGUGAUAAAGCUCAAUCAAUCACGCAAGUGGUUAUGAACUUGCCAAAUGAAGCUGCAGAAUUUCUAGAUGCAUUUAGGGGAAUAUACAAAGACAGACCCAAGGACACGGAAUGUAACUUGCCAACGAUCCAUGUUUAUGGAUUCUCCAAAGCGCAAGAUCCGGAAUUUGAUUUUCACGAGAGAAUAAGAAUUGCCCUGCUAGAGGUCGCAGUCAACGUAGAAAUGCGACGUGUACGACUUGUGGCGCCCGGAAAAUGGAUGUUGUGUGCAUCAUUCGUUCUCCCUAGAAGUGUCGCAUUUGCUAAUACUGCAAUUGAUACUUAAAUAUUUUUUACUGUCACUUAGCAAAGUUUUGUUGCAUUACAUUAGUUACCCCAUGCCCAGAGCGAAUAAUGUACAUAUGUUGUAACAUGUAUUUAUCAAAAUCCAUACCAGCGCAUAGCUUUGUUUAUUUAUUUUCUUAGGAUGUUUGAAAUAAAAGUCCAAUAACAUGCAUUUAUUGAAUUGUAAGAGCUGCCGGUGGGUUCUUUUCGAGUUGAAGUUGAUUUAUCUUAUUCAA